AUGAUCCUGACCAUUUUCGCGCUCUUCGCGCCCGAUUUGGAUCUUCUCUUGGGAACGGUGCAGUCGCAACAUUCUCUCAGCCUGGUCAUGACCUUCGCUUGCUUCUUGUUUGUGGUUGAGAUCAUUGUGCAGAGUAUCGGCAAGGAGGGGUAUCUUUUCCGAGCCUAUUUUUGGUUGGACGUCAUUGCCCUCAUCUCCUUGCUGCCGGAUACAUGGCUCUUCAGGGAAGUCUUCGAGAGCAACCAGGACCGCGGCGUGAAUUCGGAGGAGAAAGCCUUUGUUGCUGGGCGCUCCUCACGCCUGGCGCGGCUCUUGCGGAUCGCCUCGCGGUCUUCCAAGGCAACACGGCUGAACCGCCUCACUCGCAUCGUCCGGGUUGCGGCGCUCAUGCCACGGCUUGGGAAGAUUUGUGCCAAACGGGUGAAGGUGAAUGAUACGAAUCGGGUUCUUGACAAAAAGUUGAGACGAGUCUUCAACUUCAUCGACACCGAUAUGGAUGGUCUCAUCCCCCACAUGGCCGUGCUGAGCGUGAUCUCAAAGCUGAAGGCGGGUGGAAAUGCGGAUGAGAGCACGGCACUGGUGAAUAUGCUGAAGUCCAAGGUCGUCAACACUUUGGGCAUCGCGCGGAAGACGCAAAAGUCUGAGCCUGCCACGAUUCCGGCCAUGCUGUCUGAGGGCACGAGGUCCAAAACCUCCAUCGACUUUGGCGCGCGGUCAAAGACUUCCCUGGAAUUCCUCGCGGAGUCCCCUUGCCAAUCUCAGAGUUCUGCAGGCCGAAGAUUUGGACUUGGCAGUUCUUGCCUCAGCUCAGGUCCAGGUCGCCGAAAGUUUCCACUCUCCAAAAGCCACACAAGUAACUUCCAAGCGAAGAUGAAGGAUUUUAGAAAAUUGAUGCUUGCUGAUGAGUGGGUGGCCUCGAGACUACGCUCUGCGUGUGAGCAACAGCUGAAACAGGCAAGCAAUAUGAAAAAUCUCACCUCAAGGCAUGCAGAGCAUGUUGCGGUGAAGGUCGCUCUUGGUGUCCUCCUGCUGCUCUUUGUGCUGAACCUCAUUGAACCAUCACUCAACAACUCUUCACCAUUGCGUGGCUUGCGCUUUUGCGACAAAUUUGUGCGAAGCGAGUUCAAUCUCACAGCGGAGGCUGAAGUACCUGAACUGGUCAAAGAGCAAGUUGAGGUCUGGCUAGACGCUGUUGGGAAGAGCAUAGGCACAAGAUCCUUGCUCUACCUGGAUUUGGACAGAAAAGCCGGAGCCCUAGAGCCGCAAACACUUUGGAAACUGUGGAUCUUGAAUCUCACCUCGGUGUCGCUAUUGGUUACUGUUCAAGUUGGCUUCAACCCGCACACAUUUCCAGAUGUUGAGUUCUGCGAGGGAUGA